UCAAUGGUAACCGAAAACGUAAGCACAGCGAAAGGGGCAAACCUAGUGGAAAAAGGCAACACACUCAUCAGACUAUUUUAGACUAUCUAUCAGACAGUUUAGUUCAUUUAGAUCACUAGCUGGUUAAUUGUGAACGUCGGACCCGCAUCUUGGACGUUUGAAAGCUCAGCCUCAUUCAUUGUUGGACAUUUCUUCUGGGAAGCACGAUUUGUAAGUGUCCAUUUCUCUGUCUGCUGCUACACUCAUCUGCCCGCGUUGCUAUUGGAGGAUCUUUUUGUCUAAGGUCCGACCGAGCUGCUGUUUGCGCAACCUGCUGAGAGGACUGCCUUGAAGAUCUACGGACAAGGCACUGUAUUCUCGUUGCGAUGUCAGCAGGCCGGCCCUGAGGACACCCCCCCCCCCAGGACGAUGUAGUGUUGUGAGAAGUGUGUGAAUGGGUAAGGCAGCACUGCAUGCUCCGGCGGUCACCAGAGCACCAGCAGAGAGAGGGGGGCGGAGAGUGGAGAGCGAGAGGAGACGCAAGCAGGAGAUAAGAUAAGCUGUUAAUUAUUGACCGCAGCGCUGGGGAGACAACGCCCGCCCGAAUGUGCUUUUCGCUCCACUUCCUCCUCCUCUGAACUUCUGCUUUCCCCGUCCGAGGAGUACGGUGCUCGCCCCUAGGUGGGAUUCAGAGAUUUCGAGGCGCCCCACCCCCCUCCCCUCAGACCCGCGUAAAGCGGCUCCUGCACCGGACCGGCGCCAUGUGCCACGUGAUCGUGACGUGCCGCUCCAUGCUGUGGACCUUGCUGAGCAUCGUGGCGGCCUUCGGCGAGCUCAUCGCCUUCAUGAGCGCCGACUGGCUGGUGGGCUACCCCCGCACGGCCGAGAGCAAGAUCGGCCACCACGGGACGCCCGAGCCGUACCGGCCCACGCUGGGCAUCUACGGCCGCUGCAUCAAGGUGACGGGCCACCGGCGCGGGAUCCUGUGCGGGCCCUACGCCGUGCACUUCGGCGAGAUUGCCAGCGGCUUCUGGCAAGCCACCUCCAUCUUUCUGGCGGCAGGAAUCCUGCUGCUGUGUGCCGUGGCCUUCAUCUCCGUCUUCACCAUGUGCUUCCAGAGCAUCAUGAAGAAGAGCAUCUUCAACGUGUGCGGACUGCUGCAGGGUAUCGCAGGUUUGUUUCUGAUCAUGGGCCUGAUGCUGUACCCGGCUGGCUGGGGCUCGGACAAGGUCCUGGCCUACUGCGGGCCGGACGCUUCGCCUUACAAGGUGGGCCUGUGCUCGCUGGGCUGGGCCUUCUACACGGCCAUCGGCGGGACGGUGCUCACCUUCAUCUGCGCCGUCUUCUCCGCCCAGGCCGAGAUCGCCACCUCCAGCGACAAGGUGCAGGAGGAGAUCGAGGAAGGGAAGAGCCUCAUCUGCCUGCUGUGAGGUCACCUCACGGUCACCACCACCACCGGGUUCCUGCCCCCAUUCGAUAAAGGGAUCAAGACGCUGUUUAGCACCAACUAACCAGUCUGUCCGCUUCUUCGUUAACAUGUGGCAAAAUUUUGAGCUUUUUCGUGUUUUUUUCUUUCCCGUUUGCACCAUGACGCCAUUUAAAAGUGUGCUUCUCUGGCUAACGGUGCCAAUGUUAGCUGUCCUGACACGGAAUGAAUUGUAAAUAAGCUUGUAUAUACUGUACAGACUGUCCUCAUACACAUUGUGGGAUUUUGGAUUUUCGUUUGGAGUCGUACCUUUUUCUCCUCCAGCCUUGAAAACCAGCAGAUUUACCAGACAGUGGUUAGCAGCUACUUUCAUUGCCUAAUUUUUGCCAGGUUGAAAUAACUUUACAAGGAAACCACUAAAUGGUAAAUAAAUGGUAAUCUUGGAAGUGCCCUCAGUUCAACCUGGUCUCUCUGCUUCCUGGCAAUUUCCUGAAUGUAGAUGGAAAAAAUUAGAUGUAUCUUUGACCCAAAGAAAUGUAUUGAAGAUAUUCCUGGAAUGCCUGCUUUGAUUACAGGUUAUCACUUGAUUAAAAGGGUCUUUGAUUUACCCGUGACUGUUUGUAACUGGACUGUGGGAUAAUCCUGCCUUCUCGUUCCAAGAGCUUCAUCUUCCAUUGUAGGAAAGCUUCAUCCUUAAAUGUAGAAAAAGGUUCAUAUUGCUUGUGCUUCACUGCCAUUUGCAGAACCUUCUGUCAAUCACGUUCCUAACACAAACCAUGUGGGGAUUCCAGACCAACCAGUGAAGCGUGUUGGGAGGAUCCUACGCAAGAGACAGAGAAGAACUUUGUGUGAGCGUAGCACCAGUGACUUUCUCCCAGAAGCUCUGCUCUCCUUGUGAGGCAGGGUCCAAGCGUCCGACUCUCAAGGUCUCUGGUAAUGAAAAAUGAGAAGAGAAGGAGAGACUGGUGCCUGUUUUCAGUAUGUCUCGUACCAGACCUCCACAGAGAGCCAGCCAUAGCCUGAUGCCUCCAAGGCCCCACAUACACACCACCCCCGCCUCGGGAACUCCAAAUCUAGCUCAAAGAACGUUCCUCAAAAGAGGUGGUUACAUCUACACCUAAGUGCUGGUGCUUUUCUCCAUCGCUAAAACGUAUUAGCACUCUGAAUGUAGGGGAAUAUCCAGCUGUGUGUCUGUGAGGAAACCACCUCUUACAUUGGAGUGAUUUGCCAUCCGUGAGGACCUGAUUCCCAGCAUUUUCUGGUACAAAUAUUUUUUUUUUCAGCCUUUGCUAAUAGGAAAACAGUGAAUAUCAAGCUCUCAGACUCUGGCUGCUUUACACUGUGUAACCCCAGCUGUCUCCAUCAUUCCUGUGGGCUGCCAGCUCGACUUUGUUUUCCACUAUUCCACUCGGCCCAUCAUAGUGUCUGUCUGUCAGGUUUUAUAUGUAGCAGUUGGAAGCGUGCACCGGUCGUCACCAGUAUGUACCAGCUGAAACCGAAUCCGCCCCCUUUCCCCUCAGCUCAUCCACUGCAGCGUGGAUUUGGGGCGAGGAGGUGAGUCACAGCUUGUGUCACGUGCACUGCCGCUGUUAGAGGCAGUAUAACUGGUGCGGUCCGCCCAGAACUCGGUCCAGGAAACCACACAAUUGCUUCCAGAUACGACACAGUUUCUCCUCGUUUAUAGGUUCCUGCUCUUUUGUUCAAGACGUUAGGGUGGAGGAAGUUAUCAGCACUUUAGUUUAAUGUGAGUCACUCCGCCGGUGAUUUAAGACUGUACUCUCCUGCUAUUUACAUGGGAAGGUUGUGAUGCUCCAUUGCCCUGUUUCCACAAAAUGGGUUUCGUCCAUUGGGGAUUUACUACGGAAGUAACUUGAUAAUGGCAGUGCAGGUUUGGUACCCCUCUCCCUACUUAUUAACCUGUAAAGACUUGAACACAUCUUGACCUUUGCACUUCAAGUAUUGCCAUUAUGUCCACUGUGGUUGAGUUUGAGGGACAUUCCGGUCUCUGUGCUGAGGGCUAUUAAGAACAGACCAAAAAACUGCAACGUGCCUCAAAACCGCAGGCAGCUCAGUGUUGAGCAUUGACUGUGCUUUCUACGCGUGUCUUUGGCGUGUCCUCCUCACUGCACGCCCUCUCGCUAACAGGAAGACAAGUGGGGUACGUGUGUCGACUUCAGCUUUACAGUGGCCUUGGUGCGGGGGGGGGGGGGGAGUGAAUUGUAAAGACUG